GCUUUUGCCCAUAUAACACGCAUCUCUCAACUCUCUCUCUCUCUCUCUCUCUCUCUCUACCUCCACUCUCUCUCUCUCUGUCGAGGGGCUUCCAUGGAAGAGCUUCGGGCAGAAACCGGCGGGAGAGAAGAGAAGAGGGAAAAAAGCACGACGCUGGAGAAGCACAACAACGGAGCAAUGGUACAGUACUUCCAACCACCACCACCAAGGCCUCCGAGAUUGCUUGCUGUCCCGGCCGUGGUGAGGCGAGCUGCAGCGAAUCACGAGGUGAAGCUUGCGGCAAUCGCCGUCGACUUCAACGUCCGGCUGAGAUCCGCCGACAUGCCGGGGACGAUGCAGGAGCGCGCCUUCCGUUCCACCAGAGCUUUCCUCGAUGCUUGCCCCGAUAAGCGCCCCAAUCCCACCCGUCUCGCCAUGUGUUUGAAGAAGGAGUUUGAUGGAGCGUACGGGCCGGCGUGGCACUGCAUAGCGGGGAAGAGUUUCGGGUCGUUCGUGACCCAUGCCAACGGCGGGUUCGUGUAUUUCUCGGUGGACAACCUCUGUUUUCUUCUGUUCAAGACGGAGGUCCGGCCGGUGGUGAAACCCAAACCACCUCGACUGCUGAAGCUCACCAUCAAGGACUGAAGAAAAAACCCAAUAUGCAUAUAGUCUCCCGCAGAAGUUCGUUUGUGUGUAAUUUUGGAGAUGGGGAAAAAAGAAAAGCAAUCUGUCUCUGUGGUUAGGUUUUUGGGGACUUUAAAUCACUGCAAUAUGGCAGUUACCAAGUUGAAAGUUUCAGACUUUCUACUGUACAAAUGUGUUUUUUUUUUGUUAUUGCUUUUAGGAUCAAGGAAAUAUGGAAUUUAAUGGUGGCUCUCAACCAAAUUUGCUUGAAGGG